CACACCAUGAUUUCACACAUCCAGCUGAUCUGGCCCCUGGCAUUCUGUGUCGCAGGUAUCAGUGGGGACAUCACCAUGACCCAGUCUCCUCCGGUGCUGUCAGUGGGACGGGGCCAGACCGCAACACUCACCUGUACGGCCAGUCAAAGCAUUAGCAGCUCCCUUGAUUGGUACCAACAACGAGAAGGUCAGAAGCCCUCUCUCCUGAUCUAUUAUGCAACAAAUCGAUUCACAGGAGUCUCCGAUCGAUUCACCGGCAGUGGAUCAGGGACCAGUUUUACCCUGAAAAUCAGCAACGUUCAGAAUGAGGAUGUCGCUGACUAUUACUGUAUGCAGCAUAGCAGCUGGCCUUUACGUUCGGUAAAGGAACCAAUUCCAUUGCCCCCUUUAAAAGCAAGAUAUAAGUCACAGCCCAAGCUGACCCUGCUGCCCCCCUCCCCGGAGCAGGUCAAUGCCAAGGGCACUGCCACCCUGGUGUGCCUUGCCAAUCACUUCUAUCCCGAUGAGCUGGAGGUGCAGUGGAAGAAGGACGGUGCAGUCAUUUCAGACGGGGUUCAGACCAGCAACUACCUGCGAGCUUCGGACAGCACCUACAGUGUCAGCAGCCUGCUGACCCUCUCUGGGUCUGACUGGGAGUCCGACGCUCGCUUCUCCUGUGCCCUCACCCACGUGACCCUCCCCUCUCCCCUCAGCAAGAGCAUCAGGAGAUCAGAAUGUGUGUAGAGUAUCGGAGACAGUCCACAGAGGAGACACAACUUUAAAUAGAACAGGGCUGAGCUGGCAGGACAAAGGUCAUUGUCAGCACUGAAUUUCAACUCUCUUCCUUCUCAGGACCGGCUCAGAGACAUUUCUGAGGUUCAGGGGUUAUGGCAUGUCAUUGGGACAGAGUAGACAGAGCUUUACGCUGUGUCAAACCCCAUGCUGUCCCUGUUCUGGGAGUGUUUGAUGGGGACAGAGUUGACUUGAGAUGCCAAGUAAAAUCUCUUGAAGUUGCUAAAGAGCUGUACAAAGCAAUGUGAACCUCAGAAGUCUCUGUUUCAGUAAACCAGAUCUCCUUCCUGCUCAGUCGCCAGUUCCAAUUUAAGGUUUUGUCACUGUUUGAAGGGACAGGGUUCUCGUGCUAUUGAGAAAACCUCCACAAGUGUUUUCCUCAAGCUCCAUUGUGGCUGUGAAUUUGAGCAGCUUCCUCUGU